AUGGUGGUUGACCACCGCGAGGAUAUGGAGGAGACCUGCCAGCAGUCAUCGCCACACAAUACUCUGAUAAAUACACAUUCCAACAGUCCUGAAAGUAUGCAGUGCCAGUCGAUGCCAGUUCCAGUGAUACCAAUGAACGGUUACCACUCGCCAACUAACCACGAGAAUAAGAAUGCCGGUCUCCUGAUGUGCUCUCCAGUUACUUCGCUGGAUGGUUUUCUACAUUCGGCCUCCACACGCUCGGAGAUGAGCUUUAACGACGAUAACAGAUUUCAAUAUGUCCUUGCCGCGGCCACGUCUAUAGCCACUAAACAGAACGAGGAGACCCUGACCUACCUCAACCAGGGACAGCCCUACGAGAUUAAGCUGAAGAAGCUGGGUGAUCUCGCUCACUACAAGGGCAAGAUACUAAAGAGCGUGAUCAAGAUCUGCUUUCACGAGAGGAGGCUGCAGUACGCGGAGAGGGAGCAGAUAGCGCAGUGGCACGCCGAGCGGCCCGGGGACCGCAUCCUGGAGGUGGAUGUCCCUUUAUCAUACGGAGUGCUCCGAGCAGAACUGCCGGCCAGUCUCAACGCGCUACACGUGUACUGGGACCCUACUAAAGACGUGGGCGUCUAUAUCAAGGUCAACUGCAUAUCGACGGAAUUCACAGCUAAAAAGCACGGCGGAGAGAAGGGUGUGCCGUUCCGCAUACAAAUCGAGACCUAUCUCGCCUCUGACGAUCAAAACAGACUACACGCGGCCGCUUGCCAGAUUAAGAUUCUGCUAAAUAAAAACGAAUUUGAUCCAUAA